UGAAGGUCCCGCCGCAGGCACUCCCACAGCAUCUGGCCGGAGCCUUGGCCCUGGCGGCUGGAGCUCACCACAAAUUUGUCCAGGGGAAACUCAUUCAGGCAAGUUCAGCCCUUUAGGAGGAAUUCCCCUGUGGUCACAUUCCAAUUCCUGGACCUGCUGCCACCCUCAGAACUGCAUGCUCCUUCUUCAGACUUUCUAAGAAUGACUCAGGUCAUUGGUGGAGUGAAGUCAAGAUUUCCAACUCAGUCACCUGAAGAGAUGGAGAUACCAUUCAUGGAGCUGGAGGUCCCUGGAGAUUUGGGAAUUCAGAUAACAAGCUAAGAUAAGGGCGGGGAUAUAAGCCCCACAAGGAAAGCGCUGAGCAGAGGAGGCCUCAGCUUGACCUGCGGCAGUGCAGCCCUUGGGACUUCCCUCGCCUUCCACCUCCUGCUCAUCUGCUUCACAAGCUAUCGCUAUGGUGUUCGUGCGCAGGCCGUGGCCCGCCUUGACCACAGUGCUUCUGGCCCUGCUCGUCUGCCUGGGGGCGCUGGUCGACGCCUAUCCCAUCAAACCCGAGGCUCCCGGCGAAGACGCCUCCCCGGAGGAGCUAAACCGCUACUACGCCUCCCUGCGCCACUACCUCAACCUGGUCACCCGGCAGCGGUAUGGGAAAAGAGACGGCCCGGACACGCUUCUUUCCAAAACGUUCUUCCCCGACGGCGAGGACCGCCCCGUCAGGUCGCGGUCGGAGGGCGCAGACCUGUGGUGAGGACCCCUGAGGCCUCCUGGGAGAUCUGCCAACCACGCCCACGUCAUUUGCAUACGCACUCCCGACCCCAGAAACCCGGAUUCCACCUCCCGACGGCGGCGUCUGGGCAGGGUUGGGGUGCGGCCCUCCGCCCGCGUCUCGGUGCCCCCGCCCCCUGGGCUGGAGGGCUGUGUGUGGUCCUUCCCUGGUCCCAAAAUAAAGAGCAAAUUCCACAGAAACGGA